AUGCAAUUAAUCCCAACCCUCACACUUCUCUUGAUCGCCGGCUUCAAGCUUAGCUCAGCCCUCGUCGUAUCUCCAGAAUCAUACGAUUAUGAUUCUUUGGAAUCCAGCCACACUCAUACUGAUAAGAUUCGCUCAUUGAAAGGUAUUCAGAAAAUUCUCAAAAAAGCAGAUAUCAUUCAUGAUGUGCUCGAUCCCUUCAUCCCCUCCUGUUAUCUCGCCCCCUCUUACUCCCUUUCCUCUACACAAAAAGAUGUCAAAUUGGGAAACACAAUCAAGCCUGCAAAAACACAAGAAGCACCUUCGAUCAAAAUAUUCUGUCCGGGGAAAAUGACAGUUUCGGGUGGUCUAACCAUUAUUCUAACGGAUCCCGAUGCGCCGUCGAGGGGUAAUAAUAGUCUGUCUGAAAUGUGCCACUGGAUUGCCCGGGUACCGGAGGUCGUGAUUGGAAAACUGGGUAUAAUCGCUGAUCUUAAUGCCACGGAUUUGGUGUCAGUAGUUGAUUAUAAAGCCCCAGCGCCCCCAAAGGGAACAGGGAAACAUCGAUAUGUAUUUGUACUAUUGGAGGGCGCGAAUGAUGAUCUCAAGACGCCGGAGGAGAGGAAACAUUGGGGGUUUGAAGAGCCGGGGAGUGGGGUGAGGGAGUGGGCGGAGAGGGAAGGUUUGUCGGUUGUGGGGGCGAAUUUUCACUAUGAGAAGUUUCAUGCGGAGAAGGAGAGUACGUUUGAGGCGCAGUUCUGGUAUUGA